UGUCACCUUUCUGUCUCUGUGUGGUGGUUUCCAGGCCCCCGCCACAGGGGGAAUGGGAGUGGGGACUUGGAGAAUUAAGGGAGAAAGCUACGCUAGCUUGGGGCAGCCUUUCCACUUGUCCUCGGCUGGCCCAUGGCCUGGUACAAGCGGGAAUUCCUGGCCCUGCCUGUCACAGGAGCAGGUAUGACAGCCACGCGGGUGACACCAGGCCUAGGCACUCGGGUGCUCCACUCCACUAGGGCAUGCAGGCGACAAGCACACUGGCAGAGGGCCUCCCGCAGGGCCCAGUCCCCACCUGGCUCUCGCCCCACCAUGGCCCGGGAAGCAGGCCAGGUUUGUGCCAGGCCUGCCGUGCCCAGGGGGAGGAAGGGCUCCGUGUUCUUUGCCUGUGUCUCUGUGGUGACCGCCAGGAGAAGGGCCAUCGCCCGUCGUGCCGCUCUCCAAAGCCUGACACCUUGGCUGGCACCUCUGCCAGCACCGGCCACCACCGAGAGCUCCACGCAGGAGAUCGAUGAGGAGCUGAUCAACGGAGUCAUCUACUCCAUCUCCCUGCGCAAGGUGCAGCUGCACCACGGAGCCAACAAGGGCCAGCGCUGGCUCGGGUAUGAGAAUGAGUCGGCCCUGAACCUUUAUGAGACUUGCAAGGUGCGGACCGUGAAGGCUGGCACGCUGGAGAAGCUGGUGGAGCACCUGGUGCCCGCCUUCCAGGGCAGCGACCUCUCCUACGUCACCAUCUUCCUGUGUACCUACAGAGCCUUCACCACCACCCAACAAGUCCUGGACCUGCUGUUCAAAAGGUACGGUAGAUGUGACGCCCUCACGGCCUCCUCUAGAUACGGCUGCGUCCUCCCCUAUUCCGACGAGGAUGGCGGACCCCAGGACCAACUUAAAAAUGCCAUCUCCUCCAUCCUGGGCACCUGGCUGGACCAGUACUCGGAGGAUUUCUGUCAACCUCCGGACUUUCCCUGCCUCAAGCAGCUGGUGGCCUACGUGCAGCUCAACAUGCCAGGCUCAGACCUGGAGCGCCGUGCCCACCUUCUCCUGGCCCAGCUGGAGCACUCGGAACCCAUCGAGGCAGAGCCUGAGGCUCUAUCACCAGUGCCAGCUCUAAAACCAACUCCAGAACUAGAGCUAGCUCUAACACCAGCUCGAGCACCUAGCCCAGUGCCAGCUGCAGCCUCAGAGCCAGAGCCAGCUCCAACACCAGCUCCAGGUUCAGAGCUAGAAGUAGCUCCAGCACCAGCUCCAGAGCUCCAGCAAGCUCCAGUGCCAGCUCCAGACCAGGAUCCACCUCCAGACCAGGAUCCAGCUCCCUCACAAACUCUAGAGCUGGAGCCAGCUCCAGCGCCAGUUCCAUCAUUAGAGCCUUCCUGGCCUUCACCCGUGGUUGCAGAGAACGGGCUGAGUGAGGAGAAGCCUCACCUCUUGAUGUUCCCUCCCGACCUGGUGGCAGAGCAGUUUACCCUGAUGGAUGCGGAACUGUUCAAGAAGGUGGUGCCCUACCACUGCCUGGGCUCCAUCUGGUCCCAACGGGACAAGAAGGGCAAGGAGCACCUGGCGCCCACCAUCCGCGCCACCGUCACCCAGUUCAACAAUGUGGCCAACUGCGUCAUCACCACCUGCCUCGGGGACCGAAGCACAAAAGCCCCAGACAGGGCCAGGGUGGUGGAGCACUGGAUCGAGGUGGCCAGGGAGUGCCGGAUCCUCAAGAACUUCUCGUCACUGUAUGCCAUCCUCUCUGCCCUGCAAAGCAACUCCAUCCACCGUCUGAAGAAGACGUGGGAAGAUGUUUCCAGGGACAGUUUCCGGAUCUUUCAGAAGCUGUCGGCGAUCUUCUCAGAUGAGAACAACUACUCAUUGAGCCGGGAGCUGCUCAUCAAGGAGGGGACCUCCAAGUUUGCCACCCUGGAGAUGAACCCCAAGAGAGCCCAAAAACGGCCAAAGGAGACGGGCAUCAUCCAGGGCACCGUUCCCUACCUGGGCACAUUCCUCACCGACCUGGUGAUGCUGGAUACCGCCAUGAAGGACUAUCUGUAUGGCAGACUCAUCAACUUCGAGAAGAGGAGGAAGGAGUUCGAGGUGAUCGCCCAGAUCAAGCUGCUGCAGUCGGCCUGCAACAACUACAGCAUCGCGCCAGAUGAGCAAUUUGGGGCCUGGUUCCGGGCCACGGAACGGCUCAGCGAGACUGAGAGCUACAACCUGUCGUGCGAGCUGGAGCCCCCAUCUGAGUCAGCCAGCAACACCCUCAGGACCAAGAAGAACACAGCCAUUGUCAAGCGCUGGAGCGACCGCCAGGCCCCCAGCACUGAGCUCAGUACCAGUGGCAGCUCCCACUCCAAGUCCUGUGACCAGCUCAGGUGUGGCCCCUACCUCAGCAGCGGGGACGUGGCUGACGCGCUCAGCGUGCACUCGGCCGGCUCCUCUAGCUCCGACGUGGAGGAGAUCAACAUCAGCUUCGUCCCGGAGUCUCCUGAUGGCCAGGAAAAGAAGUUCUGGGAAUCAGCCUCACAGUCAUCCCCGGAGACCUCCGGCAUCAGCUCGGCCUCCAGCAGCACCUCGUCCUCCUCAGCCUCCACCACGCCCGUGGCUGCCACGCGCACCCACAAGCGCUCCGUCUCAGGGCUCUGCAACUCCAGCUCCGCGCUGCCGCUCUACAACCAGCAGGUGGGCGACUGCUGUAUCAUCCGUGUCAGCCUGGACGUGGACAACGGCAACAUGUACAAGAGCAUCCUGGUGACCAGCCAAGAUAAGGCUCCGGCCGUAAUCCGCAAGGCCAUGGACAAACACAACCUGGAGGAGGAGGAGCCGGAGGACUAUGAGCUGCUGCAGAUUCUCUCAGAUGACCGGAAGCUGAAGAUCCCUGAAAACGCCAACGUCUUCUAUGCCAUGAACUCUACCGCCAAUUAUGACUUUGUCCUGAAGAAGCGGACCUUCACCAAGGGAGUGAAGGUCAAGCAUGGAGCCAGCUCAACCCUCCCUCGCAUGAAGCAGAAAGGACUCAAGAUUGCCAAGGGCAUCUUCUGAGAGCAUCUUCCCAGGGUCUGGCUGGCUGGUAGCCAAGCACUUAUGGACCAGAGUGGCCCAGGCCAGCUGGACACCUUCCUCCCACCGGCCAGCCCAGGGUACCCCCGACUCCAGUUUCAUCCUGAACCUCUCCUGCUGCUGGGAUUGACGCCUGCCAUUGGUCAGGCUGACCUGGCCUCCCGUGGACCACUCGCUGCCUUAGGUGCCUUCUGCUCUCUGGAACCAGAGGACUAGCUGACUUUUGCCAAGGAGCAGUGCCAACGGGCAUGGCAUGGUGCCCUGCCUGCCCCUGGGCACCACUUCUGUACACUUCCCUGACACCUUCCCAGGUGUGGGUCACUGCCACCUGUGCCCAUGGGCAUCCCAGAGCACCCACUCACCCACCGUGUCUGACCACUGCAGUUCUCUCCUCAUGCCCACGGGCACUGGCCUGUGACCUUCACAGGGGUCCCGGCCCCUCCCACCACUCUAGCCUUUCUCAGGCUGCACCAAAGAUUCCAUCAUCAGGGCCAACUGAGAGUGAGGGAGUCUCACCUACCACUUACCCCAGCCCUCCCCCGGGAGCAGAGAGAGAAACCCUCUUCAUGGACCAGACUCUGCACCCGGUGAGUGAGGACAGUCCCAGCUGAGUCCCAUCGAUGUUGAAUCUCAUGCCACUGCAAGUGCCAUUCACCACUGCGUCCUGGGCUUUACGAGACCAUGCAAGACGGGGGUUAGUGAGGAAGGAGGAUUUGGGGUGGGGGUGGGGUGAUUGAAUAUUUGUAUAAAAAGAAAAAAGAAAAAAAAAUGUUUACUGAUUGGGGAGGGGCACUAUUUAUUUGUUGUAAAUAGCAAAUGCUAGACUUGAAUAUUAUAUUAAAAUCCUGUUUCUACUAUA